UCUGCUCAGCCGUGAUAUCAGAUCGCAUCGCCAACUCUACAAAGUCAAUUUGAACCCAGCGCCAGCUCCCAAGGACGAAAUUCAAAAUGUGCAUCAUGCGAACUUACGAGACCCGCGGCCCAGGCGUCUUGGACCCGCCUCCGAGACGCGGAAACCACACCUCCCACCCCCCCGCCGGCGUUAUGCGUCUCCCACGCGAAUGGCGCCGCAGCGAUGAGGGUCGGCAUGUGGAGCAUCAUCAUCACCGUCAACCAAGGGUCAUUGAGCACUACGAGGAGCCCAGGGCUAGCAGGCGGAGCGUCAGCAGGAGUAGGAGGGUGAGCGAUGUGCGCAGGAGUGACAUGAGGAGGAGCGAUUUGGAGUUCCGCGAGCCGAGACGGAGUUCGGGGUAUGUGGAUGAGAGGGAGGUCAGGAGGGAGGUGUCGCGGACGAGAUACUGAGGCUCUCGCACUCGAAGAGUUCUUGGACGACGAUGUUUUAGCACGAGCGACGAAGUGUGGGUAGGGCAGUGACGUACAUGAUGACAUGAGUUUCGGAAGAUGAAUACUACAUUUGGAUUGAAUUUACAGAGGUAUCGAGCGCGCUAUGCUCUGCUGCUGUAGCACGCUUGUAUGCUAAACACCGUACUCCCGACACUGAACUUGACACCAGCUGGGAAAGUCCCGUCCGCUCCCUUUU